CAAGAGGAUAGAAUCCAGUCGACGUAGUAAGCCCCUCUUCCACUCAACACAAAACUCAAACCAUCUCCAUCUCCCUCCCCUUCAUAACCCAAUUUGAUUAUCUCGAUUCUUCCACAAUUACUUAAUUAAACCCUCCAUUUCUCUUCCCCAAAUGGACCAACUAUGAACCUCAAACCACCUCCACCAUCUUCACCAUUACCCACCAAUUCAAACCCCCACACCCUCACUCUCCACUGGGUCUCUCCCCCUCCUUAUCCCUCCUCCAUUUCCAAACUCACGCGCUCAUUUCGCCUCCACGCCACCGCCGCCAACCCACCCGCAGACUUAACUCUCACAACCGCCGCCGCCGACGACGACGAGCCACCGAUAUCUAAUGAAGACCAGAAGCUUCUAAUCCUCCUCCGCCAGAGAAAAACAGAAGAGGCAUGGAUUCUCUACACCCAAUCCUCCCGCCUCCCCAAUCCCACUUGCCUCAGCCGCUUGCUCUCCCAGCUGUCCUACCAGAACACCCGCACCAGCCUCACGCGCGCCCAGUCCAUCAUCACGCGCCUCCGCAAUGAGCGCCAGCUCCGCCACCUCGACGCCAACUCCCUCGGCCUCCUCGCCGUCGCCGCCUCCAAGGCCGGCCAGACCCGCUACGCCACCUCCAUCGUCAAGUCCAUGCUCCGCUCCGGCUUCCUCCCCCACGUCAAGGCCUGGAGCGCCGUCGUCAGCCGCCUCGCUGCCUCCGGCGACGACGGCCCUUCCGAAGCGCUCAAGCUCUUCUAUUCCGUCACGCGCCGCGUCCGGAGGUUCGCCGAGCCGGAGCUGGUGGCGGACUCGCGGCCGGACACGGCGGCGUUCAAUGCUGCGCUGAAUGCUUGUGCUAAUUUGGGUGAUACAGAUAGGUUCUUGAAGCUGUUCGACGAAAUGCCUGAGUCAGGUGCCGAGCCGGAUGUGCUUACUUAUAACGUGAUGAUCAAGCUCUGCGCUAGAGUUGGAAGGAAGGACUUGCUUGUUUUUGUGUUGGAGAGGAUUUUGGAGCAGGGGAUCACAGUGUGUAUGACUACAUUGAAUUCCCUGGUUGCGGCUUAUGUUGGUUUCGGAGACUUGGAAACUGCGGAGAGGAUGGUUCAGGCAAUGAGGGAAGGGAGGAGAGACCUCUGCAAGAUUCUAAGGGAGGCAAAUUUGAGGAGUUCGAAUUCUAGUGGAAGAGAUGGGGAUGUGUUUGAGAGGUUGCUUCCGAAUUCAGUUACAGCUAGUGAACGUGAGCCGCCAUUGUUGCCGAAAGCGUAUACUUCUAACUCUAGGAUUUACACUACACUGAUGAAGGGUUAUAUGAAUGCUGGGCGUGUUACUGACACGGUUCGGAUGCUUGAGGCACUGAGGCACCAGGAUGAUAGCUCGAGUCAGCCUGACCAUGUGACAUAUACGACUGUUGUUUCUGCAUUUGUGAAGGCGGGUUCCAUGGACCGUGCUCGCAGGGUGCUUGCUGAGAUGACGAGAGUUGGCGUGCCUGCAAAUCGGAUAACGUAUAACAUUCUUCUUAAGGGUUAUUGUCAGCAGCUGCAGAUAGACCAGGCAAAGGAGCUGGUUAGAGAGAUGACUGAGGAUGCGGGGAUUGAGCCUGAUGUGGUUUCGUAUAACAUCUUGAUCGAUGGGUGCAUACAGGUUGAUGACAGUGCUGGUGCUCUUGCUUUCUUCAAUGAAAUGAGAGCAAAAGGAAUUGCUCCCACCAAGAUCAGCUACACCACUUUGAUGAAAGCUUUUGCCUUGUCUGGACAGCCAAAGCUGGCUAACAAGGUAUUCGAAGAAAUGCUUAACGAUCCUCGGGUGAAGGCUGAUUUGGUAGCUUGGAACAUGUUGGUCGAAGGGUAUUGCAGACUGGGGUUGGUUGAAGAAUCCAAGAAAAUCAUUCAGAGAAUGAAAGAGCAUGGGUUUCACCCUGAUGUGGCUACUUAUGGUAGCCUAGCUAAUGGGAUAGCAUUGGCCAGAAAACCGGGAGAGGCACUUUUGCUUUGGAAUGAAGUGAAGGACAGAUGUACAGCGAAAAAGGAAGGUGAAAAAUCUGAUGAUUCAGAUCCUCCAACAUUGAAACCUGAUGAAGGGCUAUUGGAUACUUUGGCUGAUAUUUGUGUUAGGGCUGCUUUCUUCAAGAAGGCUCUGGAAAUUGUCGCUUGUAUGGAAGAGAAUGGGAUUCCUCCGAACAAGACCAAGUUCACUAAAAUCUAUGUGGAGAUGCAUUCGAGGAUGUUUACUAGUAAGCACGCCUCACAAGCUAGGCAGGACAGGAGGAGUGAAAGGAAGAGAGCAGCUGAGGCUUUCAAGUUUUGGUUGGGUUUACCCAAUUCUUAUUAUGGGAGUGAAUGGAGGUUAGGAUCUUUGGAUGGAGAUAACUGACUGUUAUGCUUCGGAUUCAGUUUUGACCACUUGGCAUAUCACCUGUAUACGUUAUUACUCAAGAAAUAGUUGUAGUGUAUUCACAAAAUCUGAGAGAGUGAAUCAUGGGUAUGAACUUUCUCAUGUAAUUCCAGUGAAGAAAAUCACAUGUAAUAUAAUCAUGUUAUCAUAUAGGCAAAUUGAAAAUGA